GCGCAGGCCGAGGCCAGGCCUCCUUCUCCCCGCUCCGCCCCCUUUCCCCGUGGGCCUUGCUUUCAAGCCGGGCUCUUCCUGUCCUUCCGCGUGGGUCUCCACGUGGAAGCUGACUCCUAGGCAGCGGCGCCAGGAAAGAAGCAAGGAAAGCAUUGGGAGAGCGUCCCCAGGUAAGACAGGGAUUUCUCAGUGAAAAUGCAGCGCAAGAAAGUUGAUAAUCGCAUCCGGAUAUUGAUUGAGAAUGGAGUGACUGAGCGGCAUAGGACACUCUUUGUUGUCGUAGGGGAUCAUGGCAAAGAUCAGGUAGUCAUACUCCAUCAUAUGUUGUCUAAAGCAGCAGUGAAGGCUAGACCAUCAGUAUUAUGGUGUUACAAAAAGGAACUGGGAUUCAGCAGCCAUCGUAAAAAAAGGAUGAGACAGUUGCAGAAGAAGAUUAAAACUGGAAUGUUAGAUCUGAAGCAAGACGACCCCUUUGAGCUGUUCAUUGCAGCCACAAACAUUCGGUACUGUUACUACAACGAGACACAUAAAAUUCUUGGGAAUACGUUUGGCAUGUGUGUACUCCAGGAUUUCGAAGCCUUGACCCCAAACCUGCUGGCUAGAACUGUUGAAACUGUGGAAGGCGGGGGCAUAGUUGCAAUCCUCCUGAGAACAAUGAAUUCCCUGAAGCAGCUCUACACCAUGACAAUGGACGUACACUCUCGAUACCGGACAGAGGCACAUCAAGAUGUAGUAGGAAGAUUUAAUGAAAGGUUUAUUCUCUCUCUGGCAUCUUGCAAAACCUGCAUGGUGGUUGAUGAUCAGCUUAAUAUUCUCCCAAUCUCUAGCCAUGUUUCCAACAUAACAGCUGUUCCAGCUCGGUCUCAGGAGGAUAAUCUGAGUCCUCAAGAUAUGGAAUUGAAGGAACUAAAGGAGAACCUCCAAGAUACACAGCCAGUCGGAGUAUUAGUUGAUAGCUGUAAAACCCUGGAUCAGGCAAAAGCUGUCCUAAAAUUCAUUGAAGCCAUUUCUGAGAAGACACUGCGAAGCACUGUCGCUUUAACAGCCGCCAGAGGAAGAGGGAAAUCAGCUGCUUUGGGAUUGGCUAUAGCUGGAGCAGUGGCCUUUGGCUACUCCAAUAUUUUUGUCACAUCUCCAAGUCCGGAUAAUCUCCACACCUUAUUUGAAUUUGUCUUUAAAGGUUUUGAUGCUUUACAGUAUCAGGAACACUUGGAUUAUGAGAUCAUUCAGUCCCUCAACCCUGAAUUUAGCAAAGCAGUCGUCAGAGUGAAUGUGUUCAGAGAGCAUAGACAGACUAUCCAGUAUAUCCACCCUGCUGAUGCUGUGAAAUUGGGACAGGCAGAAUUGGUGGUGAUUGAUGAAGCCGCUGCUAUACCCCUCCCUCUGGUGAAAAGCCUGUUAGGUCCUUACCUGGUCUUCAUGGCUUCUACAAUCAAUGGAUAUGAAGGCACUGGUCGUUCCUUAUCAUUGAAACUGAUCCAGCAGCUGCGACAACAGAGUGCCCAGGCUCAAGCUAAUGUGACAGCGGAGAACAAAAUGACAACAACAGCAAAACUCUCCUCAGCCCGUACAUUACAUGAGGUUUCGCUCCACGAAUCCAUUAGAUAUGCCCCAGGAGAUCCUGUUGAAAAGUGGUUGAAUGACAUGCUGUGCUUGGAUUGUCUCAACAUCACAAGAAUUAUAUCUGGCUGCCCAUUGCCUGAAUCUUGUGACUUAUACUAUGUCAACAGAGACACCCUGUUCUGCUACCACAGAGCAUCAGAGACUUUUCUUCAGAGGCUCAUGGCUCUGUAUGUGGCAUCUCAUUAUAAGAAUUCUCCUAAUGACCUCCAGAUGCUUUCAGAUGCUCCAGCCCAUCACCUCUUUUGCCUCUUGCCACCAGUUCCACCUACGCAGAAUUCCUUGCCAGAGGUGCUUGCUGUUGUUCAGGUGUGUUUGGAGGGCGAGAUCUCCCGCCAGUCUAUUAUGAAUAGUCUGUCUAGAGGAAAAAAAGCUUCAGGCGAUCUCAUUCCAUGGAGCAUUUCAGAGCAGUUCCAGGAUCCUGAUUUUGGUAGCCUCUCUGGUGGAAGAGUUGUUCGUAUUGCAGUCCAUCCUGAUUAUCAAGGGAUGGGUUAUGGCAGCCGAGCUCUGCGUUUGCUACAGAUGUAUUAUGAAGGCAAGUUCCCUUGUCUAGAGGAAAAAAUGACUCGGAAACCAAGAGAAAUAACUACUGUGAGCAGUGAGGCUGUCAGUUUACUUGAUGAAGCAGUGAUGCCUCGGAAAGAUUUGCCUCCUCUGCUUCUCAAGCUGAGCGAGAGACAAGCGGAGAAUUUAGACUACCUUGGUGUGUCUUAUGGCUUGACACCAAGACUGCUCAAAUUUUGGAAGCGAGCUGGAUUUGUCCCUGUCUAUCUGAGGCAGACUCCUAAUGAUCUGACUGGGGAACAUUCAUGUAUCAUGUUAAAGAUGCUGAAUGAAGAGGAAGAGAAAGAGCAGGAAAACUGGCUGAUAGCCUUCUGGAAAGAUUUCAGGAGGAGGUUUCUGUCUCUACUAUCAUUUCAGUUCAGCACUUUCUUGCCUUCAUUGGCUCUGAAUAUCUUGCAAAACAGGAAUGUCAAGCCACAGUCUCAACCACCUAUAAGUCGUAACGAAUUAGAAGCUGUUUUUACCCCAUAUGAUCUGAAGAGGCUGGAGAUGUAUUCAAGGAACAUGGUGGACUAUCACUUGAUUAUGGACAUGAUCCCAACUAUAGCUAAAAUGUACUUUCUCAACCAGCUUGGGGAUAUGACUCUUUCUGCCACGCAGUCUGCACUUCUUCUUGGGAUUGGCCUCCAGCAUAAAUCUGUGGAUCAGCUGGAAAGAGAGAUAGAGUUACCUAGUGGGCAAUUGAUGGGUCUCUUCAACAGAACCAUCCGCAAGGUUGUUCAGUUGUUCAAUGCUAUCCAGGAAAAGGCUGUGGAGGAGCAGAUGGCAGCAACAAAAGAAAUUGUGAUGGAACCAACCUUGAAAUCCUUAAAUGAGGAUUUGGAAGAAGCAGCAAAAGAAUUUCAGGAAAAACACAAGCAAGAUGUUGGGAAGCUGAAAGACCUCGACCUUUCACAGUAUGUUAUCCGAGGAGACGAUGAAGAAUGGAAUGAAGUGCUGACCAAAGCAGGACAGAAUGCCUCCAUUGUUAGCUUGAAAAGUGACAAGAAGAGAAAAUCAGAAGGCCCAACAGGGCCCAAGCAGGAGAAGAGGUUUAAGAAAAAAAUCCAAAAGCAGAAGUGGAAGAAAUGAUACCUGCGUCAACACAUAGACUUGGAGAUCCUGUUUUGUGGGAACCUUGUUUCUUUCCCAAAACAAACAACUUUAGGCUAUUAAAGUAAAGGUACCUUGUGGUGGAAAUGCCUGAAGGAUUUUGGUUUUUUAAAUAUAUAGGCUGCCUUGAAGCCAUACCAUUUGGAAGAGAGGUUUAUUGCUGCCAGCUCAGCAUUUGUGUUGCGAUAAAAGGAACUGUAGAGCAGCAAACUGGAUUAUUACCAGGAAUCCUGAGCUUUACUGUUUAGCCCUGCAAGACCUCUGUUGGUGUGCCUGAGAGACCUAUAAACAUCUUUCCCUUCGCUUUACGAUUUGUUGUUCUUGCUGGUGAUUUUGGAAGGAGGCAUGAGGCUCAUUGCUGUGAGUGUUGUUUUUAAUUGAAAGCGAGUAUUUUUAGAAGCAUGAGUACAACGAUGUAUAAAACAUUCCGUGGUGUUUUUAAAAGAUGGAAGUUAAUUUAGAUGUCUGGUGUACAUUAUUAUGCUUUUAUGACACUAAAAUAACCGACCUGAAAUUUUUAAAAUAUUGUCUUCACCUUGUUAAUGCUCAGAACUUUGGGGUCGGUUUUGGAUGUUCUCAGUGUUUUCUCCCCAGAAUGUCUGCUGGUAUGGUGCAAAAAGGAGGAUGUCCCAUAGAAUCAGAAUAAUAGAGCUGGAAGUGACCACAUGGACCACCUAGUCCAAUUCCCUGCCAUGCAAAGCAAAGCACAAUCAGAGUACCCCUGACAGAUGGCCAUCCAGCCUCUGCUUUUCAGUAGCAUGAUGCCUUGGUAUCCAGCAGUGUUUUGGGACAGAAUUGGCUAAUCUGUAUAUGUGUAUGUAGGUGUGUGUGGUCCUGGGUGGUCCCCUUUUUUGAAGGAAGGAGUUAUGAUUACUUCUGGACCAAAGUCAUGUUUCAGCCGUGCCUGGUAAAAUCUCAGCAUUUGGAGAAUAAUUGAAAAGAAAUGAUGUGAUCAAUGGUCCCUUGUGGCUUCAAUGAUCUCUGUGUCUCCCAUUUCUGCUCAACUGUUUCCAUUCGCUCUAUAGACAUUUCCCUGGUAAGUAUUUUAUGCAGAUUUUUUUUUUACAAUGACGAUAUUUGGAAGCAGAAUAAAAAUAAAUUGACCAAUUAA